AUGCAAGGCCACAGAAAAACCGCAGACUUCACGAGGUCCAGCCCAGCCAGCCUUAGCCCAGAUCAUGCCUUGGCGGGCGAGGCCCAAAGUCAGCGGCCCCGCGGAGGCCGGAGCGGGGCCAUGGCUGCGGCGGCCGAGCCCAGUGGCGAAUCCCUUGGCGCUCAAGUUAAAACCCAGCCACCCGUGGAAAAAAUGCUCGCGAGGCCGCCGAGGCGGGGCCAGCGCUCCGUGCUCAAAGUGUCCCAGCUGCUGCUCCGGGCCAUCACCUCACACAAAGGGCUGACUCUGGCCGCUCUCAAGAAGGAGCUCGGCAGUGCUGGCUACGAAGUGCGCAGGAAGAGUGGCCGCCACUCGGGCGAAACGCCCAGGCCUGAGGUUAAGGGCACGAACCUCCGAGUCAGCGGCAGCGACGCCGCGGGCUACUUCAGGGUUUGGAAGGUUCCGAAGCCGAAGAAGAAGACCGUACGCCCGAGGUUGGAAGAGGGCUCCCGCUCUCCGAGGAGGGCCCCACCGGGGCCCCGGAGCCCACGGAGGCGCCGCACGCGUCGCAAGGCGGCCAAGAAGGCCAGGGAAGUAUGGAGGCGGAGCAGGAAGGUCGACUUGAGGAUGAGGAGACAGAGGCCAAGAGCCAAGGACCUGGUGCGUCCUAGGGCCAAGGAGGAAGCGAGACCCAAAGAGAUGGAAGAGGGGAGACCAGGGACUACUAAGGAGCUGAGGCCAACAGUGCGAGAGGACAAGAGGCCAAGCUCAAAGCAAAGGGAAGCGAAGAAGCAGGACUCCGAGAAGUCGGUAAAACGGACCGUCCAGAAGCCAACCCCGGUUAAAACCGAUCGGACUUCUAGUGGGCAGGCUAAGACUCAGGACGUAAAGGCGGCUCGCACCAAGACUUCUAAAUCUGAAAGUCCUCAGACUGCAACUGGGAAUCCCUAGUGUUGGGGCGGCUUCCCUCCCUCCAGGCAUAGAGGCUCUUCCCCUGAGGCUCAAACAAUAGCAGCUGUCACACUCAUUGAAAUGGACAAAAACUAUUUACACGACCAUUCCACCACAUUGUGUCUGUUUCCUCUUUGAUGCUCCUGGAAGAGAAAGCGUGGGUGUUAGGGUCAGACUUGUAGCAAGGGUAUUUGGGGUGAACAGAGGAAUGGGGCUGAGAUUUUGUUCCUGGUGCAGGAUCCAGGAAAGUGCUUUUCAGAAGAAAAGAAGAAAAUCAGCAAUUUAACCAGGUCAGAAAGAGUGUUGAAUUAAUGCUAGACAAAAAAAAAAAAAGACAAUAGCUAAUCUAAAUUGAG